AAUUUCUUUUUAUUUUAUAAACGACAAGUGGACAAAAGCAACAGCUUAACCAUGUCUGGAGAAGAAACGUCAGCUGAUCGUAAUGUCGAAAUUUGGAAAAUCAAGAAGCUCAUCAAGAGCCUGGAGAUCGCACGCGGCAAUGGCACCUCUAUGAUUUCAUUAAUCAUUCCACCCAAGGAUCAAAUAUCUCGUGUAAGCAAAAUGUUGGCCGAUGAAUUUGGCACAGCCUCAAACAUCAAGUCGCGUGUCAAUCGACUGUCAGUUUUGGGUGCGAUCACCUCGGUACAGCAGCGUCUGAAAUUGUACACUAAAGUGCCACCCAAUGGUCUGGUCAUCUAUUGCGGUACGAUCGUCACCGAGGAGGGUAAGGAAAAGAAAGUUAAUAUCGAUUUCGAGCCGUUCAAACCAAUCAAUACGUCAUUGUAUUUGUGCGACAAUAAGUUCCACACCGAAGCUCUUACGGCACUUUUAGCUGACGACAAUCGUUUUGGCUUCAUUGUGAUGGACGGUAAUGGUGCUUUGUUUGGUACCCUACAGGGCAACACACGCGAAGUGUUGCACAAAUUUACCGUCGAUCUGCCGAAAAAGCAUGGUCGUGGUGGUCAGUCUGCUUUGCGUUUCGCACGUUUGCGUAUGGAAAAACGUCACAAUUACGUGCGUAAAGUAGCCGAAGUGGCAACGCAAUUGUUCAUAACAAACGACAAACCCAAUGUUGCUGGUCUCAUUUUGGCCGGUAGUGCCGAUUUCAAAACUGAACUGAGUCAGUCCGACAUGUUUGAUCCUCGCUUACAAUCGAAGAUCAUUAAACUCAUUGAUGUGUCGUAUGGUGGUGAAAACGGUUUCAACCAGGCCAUUGAAUUAUCGGCGGAAUCCUUGCAGAAUGUCAAGUUCAUACAGGAAAAGAAAUUGAUUGGACGCUAUUUCGAUGAGAUAUCCCAAGAUACCGGCAAAUAUUGUUUUGGUGUUGAUGAUACAUUGCGUGCCUUGGAAUUGGGUUCGGUGGAUAUUCUCAUCUGUUGGGAAAAUUUGGAUAUACAACGUUAUGUAUUGAAGAAUCAUGCCAAUGCAUCGGCGCCUACUAUUUUGCAUUUAACGCCCGAACAGGAAAAAGACAAAUCACACUUCACCGACAAGGAGACGGGCGUUGAAAUGGAAUUGAUUGAAUCACAGCCCUUGCUCGAAUGGUUGGCCAACAACUAUAAAAUGUUUGGCGCUACUCUAGAAAUCAUUACCGACAAGUCCCAAGAGGGCAGUCAAUUUGUGCGCGGUUUCGGUGGUAUUGGUGGCAUCUUGCGUUACAAGGUCGACUUCCAAAGUAUGCAGCUCGAUGAAUUGGAUAAUGAAGAAUUUGAUUUAGAUGAUUAUUAGACAAUUUUUUUUUUACACAUAUAAACUAAUACAACAACUAUACAUACAAGAAAAACGUAAAGGUGAUAAAUUUCGUUGAAAGAAAAUUAGAAAAAGGAUUAAGAAAUUAAGGGACAAAUUCCAAAAUUGUCAAAAUUAUGAUUUUAAAAUAAUUCCAAGGCUUUGUGGCCAGUGGUUUAAGGUAAAUAGAGAUUUUUUUGUUUAUAUACAAAGUAAAUUUACAAUUUAAAAUGUUUGCUGGAAAAAGCCAAAAUUCUUCUAAUUACAUUUUAAAACUAAAAAUCCGUUAAACUUUCAACAUACCACUCCUUAGCCCUGGAACUUUUUAAGGUUAUUAGCUUAUUAAGAUGACUAGAGGUUUCAGAGGGACUAAAUUUGAAUACCAGUCUAGUUAUCACUAUAAAUCCUUUUUCCAAAUUUAUCAUCUUUACAAGGGAUUCUUCCAUAUUUCCAAAAUAAUGAAAAAAUCAUCCACCAGUCACUUAUUAUACAGUAAACAUUUUUAAAUAUUGUUAAUACAAAAACAAAACCAACAACAACAAACAAGAAGAGAAAAACAAAAACAUCAUCUUAAUUGAUCAUUUUUACAAAAAAUUUGUCUAAAUUCUUUUUUUUUUUUAAUUUAAGUGGCCUUUUAUACCCUUAAAACUUGUUGAUAAAAAGAAAA